AUUUGCUGAAUUGAUUCCGACGGUAGAUUCCCCUGUCUCUCUCUCAUUCCCCUUCAUAUUUAUUUAACUUCACCGUCUUCCUCUCAUCACUCUGCUCUCGAAUUCCCUUCGCGUUAAUUGAAAGCCAGAUUUCGCAGAGAAGGCUCUUGAAAUAUCCUCCACAACCUAUCCAUCACACUAUGACAGCUUCUUCUGGUGAAAACUCUGUGGACAGCAAAAGUUCACUCUCUGGACUUGCCCCACUUGAAGCAGUACUAUUUGAUAUUGAUGGAACUCUGUGUGAUUCAGAUCCCAUUCAUUUCUAUGCCUUCCGCGAAAUGCUUCCAGAGAUAGGUUUCAAUGGGGGUGUUCCAAUCACUGAGGAGUACUAUAUUGAGAAUUUUGCUGGGAAGCAUAAUGAUGAUGUUGCUAGGAUACUCUUUCCUGAUGACUUCGAAAGAGGCUUAAAGUUCACUGAGGACAAGGAAGCCAUGUUUCGUAGAUUGGCAACAGAACAAUUGAAGCCUGUGAAUGGCAUUUAUAAAGUGAAGAAAUGGGUUGAAGAUCGUGGGCUGAAGCGGGCUGCCGUUACUAAUGCUCCCAGACCAAAUGCUGAGCUAAUGCUCACAAUACUUGGCCUCACAGAUUUUUUUCAAGCUCUUAUUAUUGGGAAUGAGUGCAAGCAUGCCAAGCCACACCCAGAGCCCUACUUGAAGGCUCUUGAAAUACUCAACGUAUCAAAAGAUCACACUUUUGUGUUUGAGGAUUCUGUCUCUGGGAUUAAAGCUGGAGUUGCAGCCGGUAUGCCAGUUAUUGGUUUAACCACCGGAAAUCCAGAACACAUACUAAUUGAAGCAAAACCGACCUUUCUCAUAAAGGAUUACAAUGAUUCAAAAUUGUGGGCAGCAUUAGAAGAGCUUGAUAAGAAGAGUGGUAGCAGUAGCGCUACAAGUGGAGCUUAAAACAUCUAUUAUCUCAAUCAAAUGAUUAGGAAAUUAAGCUUAUACUAAAGCAAAUGAUUUGCAAAUGCAGUUCUAAACUCAAAGGAAUACUUUAAAUAAUUCUGUCGCAGGGGUAUAUUUUGGUCCACCUAUAGCUGCUAAUUGUGGGAGUGUAUAAUUUCACUGCUCAAUCAAUGAAUAAAUUUGAUUAUGAAAAUGAAGUGUUCUGUUUCA